GUCAAAAAGAAAAAGGGAAUCUUACGGUGGUGGACUCACUCAACAACACAUCAAAAGAAAAACAGAAAAUGUGUAGAGGAUUAGCUGCAUUACCCCAAUCAUGUCUGGAAAGGGCUAAAGAGAUCAAGUCUAAGUUGGGGGUUCUCCUCCAGAAGCCUGAUAAUGGCAUUGACCUGAUUAUCCCCUACCCCGAGAAACCAGAGAAGAAGCCAGAGAAGCUUCAGAAGCCCGUUCCUGAAGAGGCUGCUCAGUGGCGUGAGUCCCUGGACCAUGUGCUGACCAACAGCUAUGGCCUGGCCAUGUUCCGUGGCUUCCUGCGCUCUGAGUUCAGUGAGGAGAACAUUGAGUUCUGGGUGGCCUGUGAGAACUUCAAAAAGACCAAGUCUCCCAUGAAGAUGACUGUGAAAGCCAGAAAGAUCUAUGAGGACUUCAUCCAGACCGAGGGACCCAGAGAGGUGAACAUUGAUCAUUACACCAAGGAUGUGACCCUGAGGAACCUGGUUGACCUUUCCUCCACAACCUUUGACCUGGCCCAGAAGAGAAUUUAUGCUCUGAUGGAGAAGGACUCCUUCGGCCGCUUCCUGAGAUCCGAGAAGUACCAGGAGCUGGUUAAUUAAGAAGAUGAUUGCAGAGUAAGGGUAAAUUCCAAACCAAUUGGUUAUCAUUUGAAGUGGAAUUAGGCCUUUAAAAUUAUUUGAUGGAACUGACUCAAGCCAGACUGCAGGUUUGAUAACUAAGGACAAACAUAAAGAUAGACCUCAUUCUAAACCACCUUGACUCCAUAUUUCAAAUGACUAAUUACUAUUAUAUGUGACUUAUAUAGCUGUAGCCAAUCAACAUUUUACAAGUCAAUUAAAAAAGUAAAGAGCGUGGAAACACAAUAGGACAAUUUGACAUUAUUUGUUAAAUGUUUACUCCAACUGAGAGACAAACAAACCACCAAUCAAUUAAACAGUGAUUUAAACAAAUACAUUUGAACAUCACCAUUUCUUAGAAAGAUAAACCAAAGGUCAUAAUUAUUGCAGACAAAAUAAUCUGCAAUGAUUUUGUCCCAUAGUCUAAAUUAAAAGUGUAAAUAAAUAGUCUAAAUAAAAAGAUCCUAGACAGACAGACAGAUAGACAGACCAUAUUUCUACAACAACUUUCCCUGGAAUAAAAGACCAUUGGCUUUCAGAGUUUCUGGGGAGGAGAAUAUGACCUCUGCCUUGAGACUCUUAGUGACACAUCCAGUACCCAUCCAGUGUUCUAAAUGGGGGAGAAAGGGUGAGGGACUUCUUGGAACCGGACACUCUAGUGUUCCCACAGCCAAGUAGUAAACAGCCUAAGAAGAAAAGACAUACAGUAGAAACCAGGUGCCUUGAGAAGCUGUGAGAAUGUGUCCCCAAUCAUGCUCUCAUGCAAUCCUUGGGACAAGUGGUAGGCAGUUUGUUCAGUGGUUUACGGACCACUGUAUUGUACGUUGAUAAGAUGGGAAUACCGAGUAAGAGUGGAUCUCAUAAAAGAAUAGAACUCAGUAUUUUUCCAAAUAUAUAUAUUUUUUGGGGGGGGUGAACUCAUUUAAAGUCAGUCAUUUCACCUAAAGAUAGCAAUGAAGCAUAGGAAAUGAGUAAAGGACACAUACCCAAUACAUCAACAUCAUAAAGUUUUGUGACUUUUCUACCAUAACAAAAUAGAAAUAUAUGCACUCCAUUAUGAAUUAACUAAUCGUAUCAAGUAUUUCUAUACAUCUUUGAGCAUUUCUGUUUAUCACUCACCAUUCACUAUCAUAACUAGUCUUCACACCUUUCCUGGUCUGAAAAGUAGAGGUGUAUCAGUAUGAAAAGGUUCUUGUAGUACGCUAUCUCAGUCUAGUGUAGCAAUGAUAUAAAUACCUUACAUUGUGUUUCUAUUCUGCACUUGCAUGUUUUUAUAUAUUUUAAGGGUGCAGCUGUCAUAGCCACAACAUUGGAGUAUUAUUACACAACAACUCAGUACCUAUACAAGUCCAUAUUGUUGCCCAAUACACACAAUUCAACUUACUGCAACACUGCAGGUCAGGAGUUGACAAUAUGGUCAUUGUAAUUCAUUGAUUGUCCAAUAAAAAAUGUCACUUGAAGCUACAAUGUUCGAUCACAUACUUUGCAAUCACUUGACACGGUACACUAAUAGAGUUUAGUAACGAUAAGGCAAUUCCACUUUGACAGAAUGAUGCUGAGACUUUUCACUUUAAAACGUAUGUCAAACAAAAACAAUGACUGCAAAGUUGACCCAUACAACUCUAUGUUCAAGGACUACUUUAAACCAUUUCCACUGACUCAUUUACUUGAAGAACAGCAGAUGCAAAAAGUUUUGUAACAGAAUGACGGUUUGUCCUGUUUGUGCCAUCUUUUUUUUUUACUAAACUUUGCAUCUGCAGUGUUCUUCAAGCAAAUGUGUUUUUGAAACGUUUCAGUGUUUUUGUAAUCUUUUCAGUGGAAAUUGUUAAACAUCGUCCUAACGCAUAGUUGCAUCGUUGUAUUCUCUUACUGUGGAAUUUCCCAAUACUAACACAAAACAAUAUGUUUCUGAUGUGGCAUUGAUAAGUGUACCUGGUUGCAUAGAUUGGCCGAUCUACUGCUAUUGCUCAAGAUGUUGUGCCUUCGGUGAAAACACUUAUGGACCUAUGACUUAUGGAGUUAAUAUCUGACACUUGUAUUAUUUGUAGUCAACCACAUAAAAUACAUCAAUACAUUACAUUCCUGAAGAUGUAGUUAUUUUUCUAUGUAAAUAUCUACCAGUAAUUAGUAGUAUUUGUGUUGAUUAAGUUGACUACCCCACUGGACUGAAUGGGAGUUGUGGCCAAGAGAGGACUGAUUGAAGAGUAUCCAGGAGAGAACCAUGUAUUUUAACUGUCAUAAAAGAGAAAACAUCUGACUAUCUAUUGACUAUCUGUUGUAUUAUGCAAUAUCCAUGUAUUUUUUACUCUUUUUGUGAUCACAAGUUUAUCGUUUACUAAAGAAAUCAUUGAAGAGAAGGCCUACACAAGGAUUUUUCGCACACCAAGUGUUUCAUAAUAAGUCAUUAUUUGUUUGUGUGAUGACAUAAGGGAUCAAUAUUACACAGAUAUUUAAGGGAGAGUGGGGUAAGUUGAGCCAAGGGGGUAAGUUGAGCCAUCCUUGUUUCUAGGAAACCAUAAAAUCCUCCCAUAAAUAACAAUUUUGUGAACUAAUACUCACACUUGACUCCCCCCCCCCCCUUACUAGCUCUGACUUCGCUUAUAGCUACUUUAUUUAAAACAUUUACUUACUCUGACUGUGAUAUGUGGUUGUCCCACCUACAGUAGCUAUGAAUGCACAAACUGUAAGUGACACUGGAUAAGAGUGUGUGCUAAAUUAGUAAAAUGAAAAUGUAAAAAUGUUGACCGAAUAUUUAAAAAGAGUUCACCAUUUUAUGGAGUUUGUGAAGGAAGAAACCACAUGGGAAAAGUGGUAAGCAAGUUUGGUCCAAAAAACGGAUUUUCACCAAGUCAUAUUAAUUUACUGUGUUAGAGGUAUCAUGAUGCUUGUAUCUAAACCAAAGUAGAUCAUUUUAAGAUUGUUCUAUAAAUCAGUUGGGGGUCUUUAUAAGCUUCAAUAUGAGGUCCUAAACCUAGCAUGAAAGUGCAUCCUUGUAGCUGUGUGGGCUAUAGACAAAAUAUUUGCCUUGAGCCAAUGGUUGAGCCAAUGGCAAAUUGAGCAAAUUGAAGUGUUUUCUUCCAAGGCAUAAUGCAAGGGAUUAUCACUGGGAUACAAGGUAAAAAAAACAGGGCCUGCACUAUAUUAAAAGUGUUUUAAAAAAUACAGUGUUUGUUAGGUGUUAAGGCUGUGUUAAUGCUUAAAAUAAUAAAAAUACAAAAAAUCAA